AGAACAGUUUAUAUGUGAUUGUCUUGGAGCCAAGCUUUUGGGUUGCUGGCAUAUUAAGUUCUGUUUUUAUUACAGUUUGAUUUAUCCUGUUCUAUUAGUAUAGUUUUACUCUUAGUUAAACUUUGCAGUCUUAAUCCCAAAUUAUAUUGUCUUUGAGUUCUUCUUUCAACAGGGCUCUCUGUUGCUUUAUUUGUGUAGUUGUAGUGUGAACUUCAUUGUUCUCAUAGCACUGAGUCUUAGUUGAAAUUUCCCUUUGCUUCUAGUUCCUUGACUUGCUGCUCUCUUGUAUUUUUGUUUAUUAUUUUAUAGUUUUUAUAUUAUAUAGAGCAGGAUGGAAUCUUGUGCAACUGUGAUCUUGGCAGGUUUAAUCUUAGCUCUGCUGUGGAUGUUUAAUAUAAAACACAAAAGGAACUGGCAUUUACCUCCAGGACCCACUGCAUUUCCUCUCAUAGGAAACCUUCUACAGAUAGGCAAAAAAGCACCUUUUAAAAGCUUUGUUAAGUUCAGUGAAACCUACGGGCCAGUGAUGACAGUAUACCUAGGCUGGCAGCGGACAGUAGUUCUUGUAGGAUAUGAUGUUGUGAAAGAAGCCUUGGUGGAUCAAGCAGAUGACUUCACAGGCAGAGCACCAAUUCCAUUUAUACACAACCCUAACAAGAAAUAUGGUAUAGGGAGCAGUAAUGGGGAACGCUGGCGUCAGCUACGACGCUUUACACUGACCACUCUAAAAGACUUUGGGAUGGGACGCAAGGGGAUGGAUGAAUGGAUCCAAGAAGAGAGUGAACAUAUGAGGGAUUACAUACAUAAAUUAAAAGGUGCACCAUUUGACCCCACAUUUUUAUUGAGCUGUACAGUGUCUAACGUGAUCUGCUGCCUGGUUUUUGGUCAGCGGUUCAACUAUGAAGACAAGCAGUUCUUGCGCCUUCUUACCAUACUUUCUCAUAUAGAAAAGGUUAACAGCAGGCCUGUGGGUCAGAUGUACAACCUCUUUCCGAAACUCAUGGACCAUCUUCCUGGCCCCCAUCAAAAAAUUUUUGCAGAGUAUGACGAGGUGAGAGGGUUUAUCAAGAUGAAGAUCCAAGAACACAAAGACACAUUGGAACCCAGCUCCCCACGAGACUACAUAGACUCCUUCCUUAUUCAAAUCAACCAGGAAAAGGAGAUUUCCACAACUGAGUUCCACUAUGACAAUUUGGUCUCUACAAUAAUGACUCUGUUUCUGGCUGGAACACAGACCACCAGCUCCACCCUGAGAUUUGCUCUUAGCGUGCUGAUUAAAUACCCCCAAAUGCAAGAGAAAAUGCAGCAAGAGAUUGACACUGUUAUUGGAAAAGGCCGUUGUCCCAGGAUGGAGGACAGGAAGUCCCUCCCUUUUUCACUUGCUGUCAUCCAUGAAGUGCAACGUUUUCUUGACCAUGUCCCUCUCAGCCUCCCUCACUACACACUGAAUGACAUAUCCUUCAGGGGUUAUACAAUCCCAAAGGACACUGUAAUUAUUCCGCUGUUGCACUCUGUGCUAAAAGAGGAAAAGCAAUGGGCCACUCCCAGGUCCUUCAAUCCCCAGCACUUCCUGGACAAUAACGGCAACUUCAAGAAAAAUCCUGCAUUCAUGCCAUUCUCUGCAGGGAAGAGAAACUGUGUCGGCGAGUCUCUGGCCCGUAUGGAACUUUUUAUUUUCAUAGUAUCAUUGCUGCAGGAUUUCACUUUUUCCUGUGCUGGAGGCCCUGACAGUAUAAACCUCAUUCCUGAAUACAGCAGUUUUAUUAAUGUGCCCUGCAGAUACCAUAUCAUGGCCACACCUCGUUGAAAGAGAUGAUUUGUUUAGACAGAGUUGUAGUCUGAUUGAAGCACUCGAACAAGGAUGUCUUCAUCAGCUUCUUGUGAAACAGUGAUUUGAGGUUUAUUUUACAGUUAGUUUGCUAGUACCUCACUGAUGUAGAACACACAACCAUUACAUGCAAAUCUUUCACCUCAACACAAUUGUAAUUUGUGUUUUUUUGGUCAUGUAUUCCUUUUCUUUAGUGAGUUAUUGUUUCUUGUAUUAAUUUGAUUUUUUUCUAUGUCCAAUAAAAAUUACUACUGAUUUUAACCAAUAAUUACUUUAAAAAAACUUGACACCUAUCAGCAAAUCAUAAAAGCUUUUAUGUAAACACUCAGUCUCAUCAUCGUUGUUAAAACUGUACAAACAAAAACACAUUAAUUAAGUCUAACAAGGACUUCAAAGUAAAUUAAUUUAAAAUUGCUCUCCUGUGUGAAACGCUUCAAAAUUAACAUCUUAGUAUUCGCUUUUAUAACAUUCACUCUUUGAUUGUUUGAUUGUUUCAGUUUUUUCAUGAACACCAUAACUAACACCUCUAAAUAAUUAAAUUUUUAUGGAAGAAUUUUAGAAUUUUGGAUAACAUGUGGGAUUAGUUCUGCUAAAAUUAAGACUGUAUAGAAACAGAGUGCUCACUGUGAAACAGAUUGAACAGCUGAUUGCCUAGAUACUAAACCAAUCUCAAAGCUGAAAGCUUUAAGAAACACAUUUUAAGUAAUUAUUUUAAAAAUAGAACAGGCAAAGUUUAUCAUCUCAUCCACACCUAUCUCUGACCACGCAACCUCUUAUCCAGCCUCCAGACUGCUAACUCUGCAAGCCUUCAACUCCUUGCUCAUGUAGCAGUUUGCUUUUAUGUUUA